AUAACGGAUUCCGCUAUCGAAUAUACUCCACACUGCAAACCAUUGUUCUUUCGUCCUGUGUUUUCAUCGGAUUAAAUAGUUUGAAAAGCUGAAUUUGCACUCAUUUGCUGAUUGCAAUACAAGGAAUAAGUUUAACAAAAACUUCAAAGUAAACAGUACGAUUUUUCAAGUGUACAAGGAACGGCGGGGACGUAAACAGCCGGCGUUACUGUAGUCAUUUGCUUGUUUUUCAAUCUGAAUUCAGGACAAAUGUCUUCAACCGAAGUCAAACUGUCACGCCUUCUAAUCCUAGCUCAAAAGUUUAACAACUUCUACCUGACAGUUAUGAUCUCUUCAUUUGAUGAAAAACGCUUGCCACGCACACAUUUUUUGAGCUCUGGAAACAAACGGAUGUCGCUUUGGCCAAACCUGGUGAAUACGGUGAAUGCUCCAAUAAUUCUGUAUUUUGACUAUGACUUUAUGGCCGUUCUUCACGUGGGUCGUCUUUAAGGCUUAUACGACCACGUUUUAAUUCAGCAACACAUCUUUCUAAUGUUUUGAUAAUAGGUACUCUUUUAACGUUCGUUAGUGAAUUGCUUUCGGUGCUAUCCCUUCCAAAAAUAAGAAUUCUAUCACUGCACAAUAUUCAAUUAUUAAAUAUUUGACUGAUUGAAAUUAAACUUAACAUAUGUGCUUUCAUAUGAAGAUUGUACCAACAAAACCAAAAAAAUUUGGGCUAGUGGCAACACCCUCCUCUGUUAUCCAACGACAAAACUUAUUGAACAAUCUAAUAUAGUUUCUCAAAGCUCCUGUUGUGCCACAAAACAAUAAAAUUUUCAAUUUAAUCCGCUGCUAAACUAGCGUAUACUCCCUUGAUCAAAAAGUUCCCGACUUUGCCACCGUGUGGCGCUCCCAGUCAAACGAUUUCAAUAAAUUGGUAGAACUGUUGUUUAUAUUCCCACCAAUUUUCAGCGUCAUCGAUUGACAUUUGUCAAAGUUACGUUGUGUUGUUUACAUUAACCUUUGAGCGUGUCUUCGAUUUUUUUGAUUUUAAAAAAUGGAUAGAAAACCAGAGCAACGAAUUUGCAUUAAAUUUUGUGUUAAAAAUGAAAUUAGUGUUCUGACUACUUUAGAAAUGUUGGAGAAGUGUUUCGGUGACAAUGCUUUAAAACUAACUAGACGUAAUUCCAUCAACGAUGAUGACCGUUCUGGCAGGCCAUCCACUUCGAAAACGGACGAAAA